CCGGCCCUCCCCUGGAUGCAGUCGCAGCGCAGCCUGGUGAAUUCCAUCUGAAAAGUGAAGGCUGUUUGCUGAGUCAUAGAGCCCUCGGAGCCGGCACAGCUGCACCCGGCCUCGGCCCAGCUGAGCUUCCCCGGGUCACCAGGAAACGGGUGAGUGAGAAAAUGUAGCGGAGAGGCAGCAAGGCGACACCUGCCCCAGCUUGGCGUGGACAGCCCAGCCCAGACAGGCGGCCCGCUCCCGGCGCCCCUCGGGCCCCCCUCACCAUGUCCAAGAAGGGCGUGGGCAGCCGAGCCAAGGGGGACAAGGCCGAGGUCCUUGCCGCGCUGCAGGCCGCCAACGAGGAGCUACGGGCCAAGCUCACGGACAUCCAGAUUGAGCUGCAGCAGGAGAAGAGCAAGGUCAGCCGGGUGGAGAGAGAGAAGAACCAGGAGCUGAAGCAGGUGCGCGAGCACGAGCAGCACAAGAACGCGGUCCUGCUCACGGAGCUGAAGAGCAAGCUGCACGAGGAGAAGAUGAAGGAGCUGCAGGCCGUGCGCGAGACGCUGCUGCGCCAGCACGAGGCCGAGCUGCUGCGCGUCAUCAAGAUCAAGGACAACGAGAACCAGCGGCUGCAGGCGCUGCUGCACGCCCUGCGCGACGGCGGCCCCGAAAAGGUCAAGACCGGGCUGCUGUCCGAGGCCAAGGAGGAGGCCAAGAAGGGGUUCGAGGUGGAGAAGGUAAAAAUGCAGCAGGAGAUCUUGGAGCUCAAGGGGGCCAAGCGGCAGGUGGAGGAGGCGCUGACUAUGGUCAUGCAGGCCGACAAGAUCAAGGCCGCGGAGAUCCGGAGCGUGUACCACCUGCACCAGGAGGAGAUCUCCCGCAUCAAGAAGGAGUGUGAGCGUGAGAUCCGCAGGCUGGAACAGCAGUUGGAUGAAAAGGAUGCCCGGCGUUUCCAACUUAAAAUCGCAGAGCUAAGCGCCAUCAUUCGGAAACUCGAGGACCGGAACGCCUUGUUGUCCGAAGAGAGGAAUGAGCUGCUAAAGCGUUUAAGAGAAGCUGAAAGCCAGUAUAAGCCACUGCUGGAUAAAAACAAGCGCCUCACUCGGAAAAACGAGAGCCUGUCUCACACGCUGCGUCGGAUGGAAAACAAGUUAAAAUUUGUCACUCAGGAGAACAUAGAAAUGAGACAAAGAGCCGGGAUCAUAAGGAGACCCAGUUCCUUAAACGACCUGGAUCAGAGUCAGGAUGAGAGAGAAAUCGACUUCUUGAAACUCCAAAUUGUGGAGCAGCAGAACCUCAUAGACGAGCUGUCCAAGACCCUGGAAACGGCCGGCUACGUGAAGAGCGUGCUAGAGCGUGACAAGCUUUUGAGAUUUCGGAAACAGAGGAAGAAGAUGGCCAAGCUGCCCAAGCCGGUGGUCGUGGAGACCUUCUUCGGAUACGAUGAAGAGGCUUCCCUGGAAUCUGACGGCUCUUCCAUAUCCUACCAAACCGACAGGACGGACCAAACCCCGUGCACCCCAGACGAUGACCUGGAGGAGGGCAUGGCCAAGGAGGAGACGGAGCUGCGGUUCCGGCAGCUGACCAUGGAGUACCAGGCCCUGCAGCGCGCGUACGCCUUGCUGCAGGAGCAGGUCGGAGGGACGCUGGACGCAGAGCGAGAAGUUAAGACCCGUGAGCAGCUCCAAGCAGAAGUGCAGAGAGCGCAGACACAGAUAGAGGACCUGGAGAAGGCCCUGGCCGAGGAGGGCCAGGACAUGAAGUGGAUCGGAGAGAAGCAAGCCCUGUACCGGAGGAACCAAGAGCUUGUGGAAAAGAUUAAGCAAAUGGAGACGCAAGAGGCUCGGUUAAAACACGAGGUCCAGGAUGUGAAAGACCAGAACGAGCUGCUGGAAUUCCGCAUCCUGGAACUGGAGGAGAGGGAGAGGAAGUCACCCGCCAUCAACUUCCACCACAUCCCCUUCGUGGACGGCAAGAGCCCCCUGCAAGCGUACUGUGAGGCGGAAGGCGUGACGGACAUCCAGGUCACAGAGCUGAUGAAGAAGCUGGACAUCUUGGGGGACAACGCCAAUCUGACCAAUGAAGAGCAAGUGGUUGUCAUACAAGCCAGGACAGUCCUGACCUUGGCUGAAAAGUGGCUCCAGCAGAUGGAAGAGAUGGAGACAGCCCUGCAGCGGAAGAUGGUCGACCUGGAGAGUGAGAAGGAGCUGUUCAGUAAACAGAAGGGCUACCUGGAUGAGGAGCUGGACUACAGGAAGCAGGCCUUGGACCAGGCUCACAAGCACAUCCUGGAGCUGGAGGCCAUGCUGUUCGACGCCCUGCAGCAGGAGGCGGGGGCCAAGGUGGCUGAGCUGCUGUCGGAGGAGGAGCGGGAGAAGCUCAGGGUGGCCGUGGAGCAGUGGAAGCGCCAGGUCAUGAGCGAGUUGCGUGAACGGGACGCCCAGAUCCUGCGGGAGCGCAUGGAGCUCCUGCAGCUGGCACAGCAGAGAAUUAAAGAGUUAGAAGAAAGAAUAGAGGCUCAGAAGAGACAAAUAAAGGAACUGGAGGAAAAGCUUUCAUUCUGUGGUCAUAGCUCGCCCGGGCACCCUGACGUGCCCCCAGAGGAGCCGGACCCCGUCCCUCCAGCUGGACUAGACGGCAGCGGGUGCCGGGGUGGCCAAUGGAGACCGCCUGCGUCAUCCCCGCGGACCCAGGAGGCUCUGGCCUGUGCGGACCCCCUCCUGUCGAGGAAGCGGCCGAGAGGGGGGCUUGAGCUGCUCUGAGCGGGCGGCUGUCCACCCUGACGAGCCGGAGCGAGAACUAGUUUCCUGACUGGGCUCCUCUGGAAGAGCUUGGUCUUGGCUGCUGGACCCUGGGGUCCCUCCUCGGGCACAGCCCCCCAGUCCCAGUUCCAGGGACAUGAGUCCCCGAGCCUGCAGCCCACCCCUCCUGGUUCCCGCAGUAGCUGUUACAUGGUCUCCGAGGAGGAUUCUCAGAAAAACGCAGGCGCCCCACGAAAUGACAGAGUGCAGGCUGUGGCCGCGAUGGUGACCUGCGUUCCCGACGUCCCGAGGGCGGUCUCCCGGGGCCGCCACAGCUGGGCUACGCUGACGCUGCGACUCGCUCACUGGGGUCCCAAGCACUUACUGAUGGACACGUCACGAUGCCCUCCCUUGUUUGACGCUGAUGCCCCGCGGGCACAGAUGGGGCCGCGGCUGCCACGCUGCUCCAUGCCACCCCCGCGGCCU